GGGGAACCUUGCAUGUGGACAUAUAUUUGAUGAGUCUGGGAAUAGACCAAUGUGCCCAGGGCCCCAUCUGGUUCGCUAACACUCACAACUGCGACACGAACAGUACUCAGUGCAUAUCGGAUGAAAGAGACGGCUCCAUCUUGGACAGGUACAGAUGCGUGUGCCAGCCUGGCUAUUACNGUAUACACCUUGCAGGAUUAGACAAUUCUUAUCCAGGGGCCAUUGCCUGCCUGCGUUGUAGUAAGGGAUGUGCCACGUGUGUGGAUAACUCUCCUUGUGUGGUGGAAGAGGACUGGGCACUUCGUGUAACUGUAUUAUCAUUACAAGCUACUGGGAUGUUGGGAGUCUUCUUGAGCAUGCUGGUCUCCUACUACUUCCGGGAAAGCAAAAGAAUCCGGGCCUCAGGACUUAUUCUUCUGGAGACAAUCCUCUUUGGGUCACUGCUGCUCUACUUUCCAGUAUUUAUUGUGUAUUUUAAACCUGGUGUUUUUCGUUGCAUUGCCCUUCGAUGGGUCAGAGUUAUUGGCUUCUGCAUAGUAUAUGGAACCAUUGUGCUUAAACUUUACAGGGUGAUGAAAAUUUUCCUAUCAAGGACUGCUCAGCGUAUUCCCUACAUGACCAGUAUGUGUCUAUUACACAUGUUAAGCGUUAUGGUGAUGGUAUGCAUUUGGUUUCUUGUGGGAUGGACAGUGGGGACAAUGGAAAAUGUGCAAAGAGGAGUGCCUGUGGUUAUCCACUCACAAACGCAAGAAGGGCUUAUAUUUUACAUGUGUGAAUAUGACCGCUGGGACUACAUGAUGGCUGUGGCUGAGCUUUUGUUUUUGUGCUGGGGCAGUUACCUGUGUUAUGGAGCUCGUACUGUGCCCUCUGCUUUCCAUGAGCCACGUUACAUGGGACUGGCAAUACACAAUGAGAUGCUUAUAUCUACUACAUUCCAUAUACUCAGGUUUGUUAUGGUCCCAUCACUUCACCCGGAUUGGACACUUCUUCUGUUCUUCAUUCACACACAUGGGACAGUCACAAUGACACUCACUUUGCUGUUUGUACCCAAGUUCUUGCAUGCAGGAAGUCCUCUACAAGAUGAGAUUGCUGCUGAAGUGUACGAGGAUGAGCUGGACCUGAGGCGUUCCCGGUCCAAUCUAAACAGCAGUAUCACCUCUGCCUGGAGUGAGCACAGUCUGGACCCCGAUGAUAUCAGAGAUGAGCUGAAGAAGCUGUAUGCACAGUUAGAAGUCCACAAAACUAAGAAGAUGACCUUAAACAAUCCUCACUUGCAAAAGAAGCGCAGUUCACGUCGGGGACUUGGACGUUCUAUUAUUAGGAGAAUCACAGAGAUCCCAGAUUCAAAACAAUGGGGAUUUGAAGAGCAUGAGGGAUCACCAGGCUCAGCUAGUGGGCAAAAUCGAAGGCAGCAGGACAGUGGAAGCAUGAAACUACAUGAGGAGUCUUUGAGACAGAGAGUUCUUUCUUUACGCAAGUCACAUAGCACUUAUGACCACCUGCAAGAAUCCAAAGAUACUGGAGUUAUGUCCCCACGUCUGGAGAGCUCAUCCCGAGAUGAAUCCUUGCGUGACUCUCUAAUGAGACGAAAUCUUGCCAGGAAUGUGUCUCUACGCUCUUGUGGAGAUUCUCUCCAUCAGGCCACACUGGUCUGUAAAUCUCUUAGUGCCCAUAACCUGUUAGCAGAUAAAAAGCCAUUAGCUGUGCCUGGUGGAACUCUACAGAAGUCACAGAGCCUGAUGGGAAACUCAAGAGGAAAGAGCUCACUAACAGACACACCCACAGAGAAGACACAGGAGGGGAGUCGUAACCCUUUAUUAGGGGGAAGUUUUGACAAAGCAGAAGUAUGUCCUUGGGAAGUGCAAGACCUCCCAUUGCCAUCUGAAAACUGGUCUCAAAAACACGUUAGUUAUGCACCUGGAAAAUGUAGUAGUUUAGACAGUUCUCAUGCAUCAGGAAAGCAACAUGAUUCAUGUGAAAAUAAAGGUGAUAUGGGAAUGAAGCAACACAGCGUGGGCAGUGGGGAUGAGCCGAAUGAAGUACACCAGAGAUCUGCACAACCAAGGAAACCGGAGUCCACAAGGCCACCAUAUAAAAGUACACUCAUUAGCUUGGUACUAGCAGUUCGAGCAUUUAAAGGAGCAACUGGGGGGAAAGAGACCAAGGAAAAAAUAUAUACUGUGGAGGAAACCAAGGAUGUCAAAAAACAGCUACUUGGAAAGGUUGGUCCUUGGGAGGUGGAAACUAAUUUGAUUGAGGACAAGAAAAAAAGGCCAACUGCACUGAAUUUAACAGAUAGUACUGGACCAGUUUGUACAUCUCCACAGAUAGAACAGCACACAUUCACCAAAAAUGAUAAUGAAGAGAAACGGUAUACUCUCAAAACUUCCAAGCACACUUCCCCAAUCAGACUAGAGAAAAUGAGUGAGCUGAGGGAGGCAGUAUGCCCUUGGGAGAGCAUGGAGGGUAUCAUAAAUGUUCCCUACAAGUCAAACAGCAUGGAGAGCAGAAGUGAAAUGUGCCCAUGGGAAAGCACAGACAGUGAAGGACCAGGUGGUCCCCUAAGUCUGUCAGGGAGUUACCUAUCCUUUCAAAGUCCUUCAGCAAAUGGAAAGAAGAGUCAAAAUGAUAAUGUAUGGGGAGAUGAGGAAAAAAGAAAAGAGAUUUGUCCAUGGGAAAUAGGUGAAGUGGAAGAAAUGGAAAUGGGAUGCCUAAGUGGUUGUAACCUAGCUAUGAAGCUUGAAGUACUAGGCAGACAGAGAGACACAAUGUGCCCAUGGGAGAGCGAGGAGUCUGGAGGUUCCCCUGGCAUUCUUAGCCAGUCACAGAGCAAGAUAUUUGACACAUGCCCCAUUCAGUCUAAAACCUCAGACAGUUUGGAUCUGGAAUCUCGAAGAGGCGAUAUCUGUCCUUGGGAGAGUUUAGACUCUGAAGGAACUCCAGCCACCAUAAGUCAGUCUCAGAGCCACAGCUGGGAGCCUGCUAAAGGGUCAGAAGAGACAACAUUGGGGCCAUCAAACCCAUCUAGGUGUCAAUUGUACAAAUCACAAAGUAAAGAAGAUUCCUUGUGCAGCUGGACAAGUGAAGAUACUCGACCACUAUCUAAAAUCAUAAGCAAGAGUGAGAGUGGUCUGUACACCUCAGAAACUACUAUAAAGCAGGAUAAUAGACGAUGUCACCAUUCUCUUGUUGAAAAAACAAAUAAAAGGCAUACAGACCAGAAGGAGAGUAGCACUAAACCAACACAGAACGCAAACAGACACAACAUGGAGGCCCUGGAGGUUGAAACCUCAACCAAAUUGGCAGAGCUCUGUCCAUUGGAAGUGCAGAAAGAUUAUCUAAAUUUGAAAGAUACCCAGGUCAAAAUCAGCAAAGAUUAAGUCUUUCCAUGAGAU